GUGCUACGCCAACCGCCCACCGCCAGCUCAGACCCCGCGGCGUGUGCAGGGGCGAGCGGCGGGCCCCUGUCCGGCCAAGUCCCACCGCCGCUCCCUGCGACCCGGCCUUCCCGGGGUUGUUCGCGACCGGGAGCGCUCCUCGAGGCGGCGGGACAUCCUGGGCGGGAGCGUGCCGGGCUCGUGCCCGCGCUCCAGGCAGCCGAUUUGUGACUGGCUUUUAGACGUUCCCGCGACGUAUCCCCCUCGCCUUUCUCCGAGUGCCCGCUCUGCAAACAUCUCUUUAUCCGUGGGCCGUGUGAGCGCGGGCUCGCUCAGGCGGGUGUGGGCAGAAGCCGGAAGGGGACAGAUACAUAAGGCAUCUUGGCAAAUGCAGAGAGAGGACCCAUAGCCAUAGGGUGGGUGCUGCUGUUGAGAGACGUCUGUGACUACGUGGGUGGCCUCAGACAUUGCACUAAGAAGAUUUGGCUGUUUUUAGACAGCUGUGGGUGGCUCUCCCUUGACACAGGUACGCAAAGAAACAUUGGCAUCUGAGACUUCAGGCCCCAGAGAAAUCGCACACGGCCAGAGGGGGCGAUGGCUGUGGCCCUGGGUUGUGCAAUCCAGGCUUCCUUGAAUCAGGGGUCGGUGUUUCAAGACUAUGACGCGGACUGUGAGGUCUUCCGCCAGCGCUUCAGGCAGUUCCAGUACAAAGAAGCAGCCGGGCCUCACGAAGCCUUCAACAAACUCUGGGAGCUGUGCUGUCAGUGGCUGAAGCCAAAGAUGCGUUCAAAGGAACAAAUCCUGGAGCUGCUGGUGUUGGAGCAGUUCCUCACCAUUCUGCCCACGGAGAUAGAGACCUGGGUGAGGGAACAUUGCCCAGAGAAUAGAGAAAGAGUUGUGUCGCUGAUAGAAGACUUACAGAGAGAACUUGAGAUACCAGAGCAGCAGAUCGAUAGGCAGGAAAUGCUCCUGGAAGAACUGGCACCAGUGGGAACGGCACACGUGCCACCGAACAUCCACCUGGAGGCCCCCGCACUGCAAGUGAUGGGACCCGCCCCCGAGGACCCAGAGGCAGAGCCUUGGCUCACACAGGCGGGGCUGCAGGAGCUGAGCUAUGGUGCUGCCGAGGAGUGCCAGCCCUUCCUGGACCCCGGAUAUCCAAUACCAAAGCUUGACAUGAACUUUUCGUUGGAGCCUCGAGAAGAGGCAUGGGUGAAAGAACUACAGGAUUCCAAAGAAAUGAAACAAUUACUUGAUUCCAAGCUAGGUUUUGAGAUUGGGAUAGAGGACGAAGAUGAUCCUUCAAAACAGAAGAAGCUGGAGAAUAUGUAUCCCUUUAUUCUUACUUUAGAGGGGAACGCUCUCCAUGGUCCCAUUUUGCAGAAAGACUAUGUACAGCUGGAGAGUCCGUGGGAAAGCCCCCCAGAGGAUUUACAGACAGAUUUAACAAAACUGGUAGACCAUCAGAGCGCCUCUGCAGGAGAGAAACCUGAGAAUUCCCACUUAGAAGAACCUCUGGACCCCAGGCCCCAGAAGAAAAAGAGUCCAGGGGACAAACCUCACCGAUGUCCUCAGUGCGGAAAGUGUUUUGCACGGAAGUCGCAACUGACAGGGCACCAGAGGAUUCACUCGGGAGAGGAACCUCACAAGUGCCCCGAGUGUGGGAAAAGAUUCCUUCGUAGUUCAGACCUUUAUAGACACCAACGACUUCAUACCGGGGAGAGGCCCUAUGAAUGCACGGUGUGCAAAAAGCGAUUCACUCGGCGGUCACACCUGAUAGGGCACCAGAGAACCCACUCUGAAGAAGAGACGUACAAGUGUCUUGAGUGUGGGAAAAGCUUUUGUCACGGGUCGAGUCUCAAAAGGCAUCUGAAAACUCACUCGGGUGAAAAACCCCACAGAUGUCACAGCUGUGGGAAAAGUUUUAGUAGGCUGACAGCCCUCACUCUGCAUCAGAGAACUCACACAGAAGAGAGACCUUUCAAGUGUAAUUACUGUGGGAAAAGCUUUAGACAGAGACCAAGCCUUGUGAUUCACUUAAGAAUUCAUACAGGGGAGAAGCCAUACAAGUGUACUCACUGUUCUAAGAGCUUCAGGCAGAGGGCGGGCCUUAUCAUGCACCAAGUCACUCACUUCAGAGGACUUCUUUAACAGUUGUUGGAGAUAAGCAGGUCCCUAGCAGAAAUUGACACUAACUCCAAAAAAAAAAAAAAAGUAACCUACAGAAGCCUGUUUGUCUUGAAAGAAUCUUUCUGUUAGAGCUUAGGA